AUGAAAAGUGCUCGGAAACGCAAGCAUUCUUCAGUCGCUUCAGAAGAGAGAACAGCAUCGUUAGUGCUGACAGGAACAUCUCCAGAACAAGUGCUAGCAGGUACAGACACUCAAAAGAAACGUCAAAAGCAAUCACGCAUCUCUAUCUCUGUGAAGAAUGCCAAAAAGGGUGAAUCAUCUGCCAUUAGGAGGGAUCCAAACAUUAGUGGAGAAAGUCAGCCUCCUAGCGUAGACACUUCAACAGACUAUAAAUGUUCUAUUUGCCUGGAUUCAACUCGUAGAAAAAAAAUGAAGCCUCUUCCGUGUUCCCAUACAUUCCAUCAAAUAUGUAUUGAUACGUGGCUGAAAAUGAGCCGAAGAUGCCCUUUAUGUCGCCAAGCGACUGCUCCUCCUCAAAAUGUUCGAACUCGCUCAAGUAAUCAAAUGCAGAGCUUAGUGCAAUUACGAACUUUGCUUGGGAUGAGAUUUGGCUUAAUUCGUGGCGGCUUUUAUAUUAGCGAUGAUACAAUUUUUUAUCAUUCAUGA